CCCGGAGUGAGCGGAGCGCGCUCCCGGCGGACGCGGCGCGGCGCCCGGCGCGAGGGUCCGGGAUGGGCAGCCAUCAGUCUUCUCAGGUGCCGUCCGGCUCAGAGGGUCUUCACGCCGAGCGCGGGCGGGUCUGCGCCAGCAGCUCGGAACCCCGCCGGAGAACCGGGAGCGCCGGGGUUAAUCCCUCGGGCCCAGAAGGGGGGGCAGACCCCGAACCCCAGGAUCAGAGACAGCAGGGUCCCGGGCCGGGACCAGAGUGCCUGCUUCCGAUGCCGUUCCCCUCGGGCUGCGUGAGCGCCGGCCGGGCCUCUGCCGCAGACAUGGAGAAACUCAGCGCCCUGCAGGAGCAGAAGGGUGAGCUACGCAAGCGGCUGUCCUAUACUACACAUAGGCUGGAGAAGCUGGAGACGGAGUUCGGCUCCACACGCCACUACCUGGAGAUUGAGCUGCGGCGGGCCCAGGAGGAACUGGACAAGGUUACGGAGAAACUGCGCAAGAUUCAGAGCAACUACAUGGCGCUGCAGCGGAUCAACCAAGAGCUGGAGGAUAAGCUGUACCGGAUGGGCCAACACUAUGAGGAAGAGAAGCGUGCGAUGAACCACGAGAUUGUCGCCCUCAACAGCCACCUGCUGGACGCCAAGGUGACCAUUGACAAGCUGUCGGAGGACAACGAGCACUAUAGGAAGGAUUGCAAUCUAGCGGCCCAGCUGCUGCAGUGCAGCCAGAACUACUGCAGGGUCCAUAAGUUGUCCGAGCUGCCCCUGGAAUUCCAGCAGUGUGUGAGCCUGCAUAUGGAGAAGCAUGGCUGCAGCCUGACCUCUCCACUCUGCCAUCAGGCCUGCGCCGAUUGCGUGCCCCCGUGCGUCCUGGCCAAGGUGCUGGAGAAGCCAGACCCUGGGAGUCUGUCCUCGCACCUGUCGGAUGCCUCCGCCUGCGACCUGAGCUUCUGCGAAGGAGUGGAGAAGUCGGGCCAACGACCCCCGUACAAGGAAGACAUCUACUGCAGCGACGCGGCUCUCUACUGCCCUGAAGAGCACGAGCACGACCGGCGCCCCAGCGUGGAGACACCGGUGGGCGACGUGGGCUAUCUGCGGGCGCAGAAUUCCAUCGACAGCGCGGCAGAGGAGGAGGAGGCCGGGGCGGCGGCCUACCCUGAGGCCUUCCGCCGCCGCGAUGCCUUCCCGGGCUACGCGGCUUCGCUGCCCACGUCCAGCUCCUACUCCAGCUUCAGCGCCACGUCCGAGGAGAAGGAGCACGCGCAGGCGAGCACGCUGACCGCCUCGCAGCAGGCCAUCUACCUAAACAGCCGCGACGAGCUCUUCAACCGCCAGCCACCUGCUGCCGCCUAUGGGAGCAGCCCUCGCUUCGCCAAGGCCUCGGCUACCCUGGCCUCCCCGCUCGAGGCGCAGGUAGCCCCAGGCUAUGCUCGGACAGUGUCUCCGUACCAGGCCGAGUCCUACCGCUUCCCGACCUCCCCGAGUCCCCAGCAGGCUCUGAUGCCUCCGAAUCUGUGGAGCCUGAGGGCCAAGCCAAGCGGUAGCCGGUUUGCCGGAGAGGACAUUCGAGGUCAGUGGCGACCCCUGAAUAUGGAGGAUGUCGGCGCCUACCCCUACCAGGCGGGCAACGGGGGCCGCGACUCGCCCUUCUCAGAACGUUUCUACCGCGGCGGCGGCGGCCACGACGGCCGCGGGGGUCGCGACGGCCGCGGGGGUCUCGACGGCCGCGGGGGUCGCGGGGGUCGCGGCGGCGACGUUGGCGGAGGCGGUGCAGCUGGCGGCGGCGGCAGCCCGGGCAAUAGUGCUGAGGGCCGUGCCAGCCCCCUCUAUGCCUCCUACAAAGGCGAUAGUUUCUCGGAGGGCGAUGACCUCUCCCAGGGUCAUCUGGCUGAGCCCUGCUUCCUCCGAGCAGGUGGGGAUCUGAGCCUCAGUCCCAACCGUGCAGUUGACCCUCUCUCUGGCUAUGCAGCCGGAGAGGGGGAGAGGGAGAGGGAGAGGGCUAGGGAGAGGAAUAGGCUCCGGAUGCAGCUGUGUGGGGCUGGCAGCAGCCCGGAGCCUGAGCAUGGUUCCAGGGAUUCCUUGGAGCCCAGCUCCAUGGAGGCCUCUCCUGAAAUGCACCCUCCCAACCGUCUUAGCCCCCAGCAGGCCUUCCCCAGGACUGGAGGCUCCGGGCUGAGCCGUAAGGACAGUCUCACUAAGGCCCAGCUCUACGGAACCCUGCUCAACUGACUGUCACUAGCGAGCUGCAGUCAGGGGCCCCCACUUUACCCUGCCCCAUAGAGGGAGUAGUCAGCCCCCACGUGCCCAACCCCUGCUAAGGAACUCUAGUUCCUCCUGACACCCCUUACAGACACCCCAGUAAAACCUGAAAAACAACCCUCUCUGCUAUCGUCUUGUUCACCCCAGCCUCUGCUACAACCUCUACCCAGAAAACACUGUGCCCUUCCCUGAAGUGAGCAUUCCCCAUUCUGUAAGUGAAAACUAUUUUUGUAGGGAAAAGGGUGUUUCUUCAAGCACUUGCCUCCAGCUUCUGGAUGGCAGCCUUGGCGUUCCCCACAUGAAGCUCCUUCAUUUCCAGCGAGGGUACGUGGGGCUUGCCCCAGGGAAGGGGAGGCGGGGGCCCUAGGGGGACCAGUCUCCACAAGUGGGGAGAAGCUAGCAAGCCAGCAGCAAGGGAUCCAUGAUGUUCUGUGCACUGGGAAGGGGAACUAAAGCCACUUAGGGCGCAGAAAUUGUCGCCCCCACCCCCGCACCCGUACCCGCCCCCGCGCCCGUACCCGCCCCCGCGCCCCUACCCGUACGUCUCACAGUGCGGCCAGCACUCUACCCUGAUCCACCCUGAGCUCUUCCAUGGCCGGGCCUGUGGGCCCAAGAGGGGCCAGGGACACCCCCAGAACAGCCGGUGCUUGUUCCUCCCCACCCCCUCCCUAUACCACCUGACUCUACCUCAGCUAUGAGGUUCCUCCCACCUUCACCCCACUCCCCAGCCCCGACCGCUUUGUGCAACUGUGAUUUGUGAUGCAUGCCGUCAAUUAGUACUGUACUUCGCAUUCCUUAAUAAAGCACAGCAAUGGAAAGAA